GCAGGAGGGCUUGUGGCUCUAUAUAAAGAGGGAAAUCGGAGUGUGACUAGAGGCAGUAUUCUGUUCGGUACUUUGACCUGUAGCUGAAACAGACCAGCACACACUUUGUUCACUGGAUAUAACCAGAGGAAGGAUUUGAUUCCACUUAACAAGAUAAGUAAUGUUGAAGCUCUUGAUGCUGGCCGCCAUCACAGCGCUCCUCCUGUUGACGGAGGGGGGGAUGUCGGCGAGGACUCAGUCCCGCACUAAGAGACAACUGGCCAGCCCGCUGCACCUCAGGGGGAUCCGGGACCCCUAUGGCUCCUACUGCCAGAGGAGAGGAGGUUGCUGCCCCGGCCGAAAUGACCAGUGCACUGUGCCAUACCUGGACACCAUCUGUUACUGCGACCUGUUCUGCAACCGCACCGUGUCCGACUGUUGUCCUGACUUCUGGAGCCACUGCCUGGGAACAACUCCUCCAUAUCCUCCCAGUUCUUGUGAAAGGAAUGGUCAGAGGUUUCACUCAGGAGCAACAUACAAAGAGAACUGUAAUUUAUGCACAUGUGGUCAAAAUGGGCGCUGGGAAUGUGAGCAUCAUGCCUGUCUGAUUGAGGAUGACAUGAUCCAGGAAAUCAACAGGAGAGGUUAUGGUUGGAGGGCCUCAAACUACAGUCAGUUCUGGGGUAUGACGCUGGACGAGGGUCUGCGGUAUCGUCUGGGCACACAACGCCCCUCAAGGACCAUUAUGAACAUGAAUGAGAUGCAGAUGAAUAUGAAUGGAAACGAUCAUCUGCCAAGUUACUUUAACGCAGCAGACAAAUGGCCAGGGAAAAUCCACGAGCCCUUGGAUCAGGGGAACUGCAAUGCAUCCUGGGCUUUCUCAACUGCAGCUGUUGCAUCAGACCGGAUCUCUAUUCAGUCAAUGGGUCACAUGACCCCUCAGCUCUCACCUCAGAAUCUGAUUUCCUGUGACACACGUAAUCAGGCCGGCUGCUCCGGUGGGCGUAUUGAUGGGGCCUGGUGGUACCUAAGGAGAAGAGGGGUUGUGACAGAGGAGUGUUACCCUUUCUCUUCACCCCAGCAAAGUCCUGCUGAAGUGGCUCGCUGUAUGAUGCAAAGUCGAGCGGUGGGCCGGGGAAAGAGGCAGGCCACAGCGCACUGUCCCAACAGCCACAGCUACCACAAUGAUAUUUACCAGUCAACCCCACCAUACAGAUUGUCCUCUAAUGGGAAUGAGAUUAUGAAAGAGAUUAUGGAUAAUGGCCCCGUGCAAGCCAUCUUGGAGGUCCAUGAGGAUUUCUUUGUGUACAAGAGUGGAAUUUACCGGCAUACAGAUGUCAAUUACCACAAACCGUCACAGUAUCGCAAACAUGCAACACACUCUGUCAGGAUAACAGGAUGGGGAGAGGAAAGAGAUUACAACGGCAGAACACACAAAUACUGGAUUGCAGCCAACUCAUGGGGGAAGAACUGGGGUGAGGAUGGUUACUUCCGGAUUGCUCGUGGUGUAAAUGAGUGCGAGAUCGAAGCGUUUGUGAUCGGCGCGUGGGGCAGGGUCACCAUGGAGGACAUGCACAACCAUCACCACCAUCACGGACGCCGCAAGUAGAGAUCUGCAGUGUACGCCUCACUGUAUGAUUUAAAAGUCAAUCAGGUCUUUUACAGGUUUGUGAGAGUCUGAUUUCCACCAAAUCCCAGUGCCUUCUGAGUAUCUCUUCAUGUCAUAUCCAUAAAAAGUGGUGUCCACUGCCCCCCUCUGUCCAAAUACGCGUCUCCACUGGAGUUUUGGUUUGGACGAAUGUAAAACUCCAGUUUGUGUAUACGGCCUAUAUCGUCUUAUUGGUGGAAACCGGCUUGUUACACUGCCUGACUGGACCUCAAAUAACAGCUACAGCCACAGGACUCAGACACACUCAGGACUCAGUACUCCAAAGACACACUUCACAGGCACACAUGCGCUCGGCAUCACAAUGUAAUUGUCUCAAAUGUCUAAUAUAGUCAUAUAUUAGGAUCUGUCUUUUGUUUUGUAUUUUUUUUCCUAUGUUUGGGAAUCGUUACACACCAAGGCAGACAGUCAGACAGCACUCCAUACGUUCUGCUAAAAGGGGAGAGGGUUGGAGGAACACCAGGAUGGCGGAAGAAGGUUUUAGGACCAAUAAUUUAUUCCAAACAUAGGCUAGAUUACAUUUAUGACAGUUCUCUGCAUUCCAUUGAGGUUAAGGUUGUGUAAAAUUGCUUUAAAGCAUUUUAUCCCACUCCAGUCUUUGUUACAAAGUUGGAUUCUGUUUGGUUGGCUGUUAAACAAAUUUAAAGAAUGACUGUAUAGAUGCAGACACUGCUAUUCACUCUCAUUUGAGAAUAUAACAGGAAGCAAACCAAAAUGUUAUUUCAUGCUAUGAGACCAAAUAAAUGGACAUCAGUUACUGCGAUUUUAAAUGACCCUUUAAAAUCUACAUGAAUUUAAAGGCUGGAAGUGGUUUGGUCAACCUGGCGCUUAAAUAGUGGGCUAUACAAAGGCAAAGACAACUGUUAUCGUCAGAACCUUUCUGUUGUAGUGUGUUGGCUAAAUUGUGCUAGAAUAUAUACAGUAUUGUUCAAAAUA